CCUCAUCCUUCAGCCUUCAGAGGAGUGUCUCGGCUCCUUUAAGGCAGUGAGCCGGGCUUGUGGAGGCAGGGGAGAGAGAGAGGGUUAUUCUCUAAUGCUCUGAGGCAGAGAGGGUUAGCAGCACACGAACCAAUGCGAUUAAAGCGCCACGCAGGAGGAAGAUGCGCCUGCUUGCAGCCUGCUGGACGGCGAGAGGUGCUCAAGAAGAUGGUCUGACUCUGGGAUCUCACCUUUGUUCCUGCCACUUCAGCUUCUCCGGACUUUCUUUUCAUUCCCAUUUCUGAUUAAACAUCUAUGAUUUACUCUCCCCUGUUUAGUUCCUUUUCUACCCUUUUUUUCAAAAAUAUUUGGUUCCCCUCGGUUUAAAUGACACACUUGAACGGCACCGUUGCUUUUGCUUUGAAAGUUUUCUUUCUCCUCCGCACCUCCACCUGCUCUGUUGAAAGACGCUCCUGAAUCAGCAUCGCACCUGCAUCCAGCAUCCCCCCUGAAGCACAGCAGCAUCCGGAGAGCAUCCGAGCUUUAACCAAGACAAUCACAAUAGAACAUCCGCACAUCCUUCAUGCGCAACGACCGGGCGCAAAAGCGCACACAUAAUACGCACGGUGGAGAUCUGCUCAAGUCACUGGCACGGGAAAUCUGGACUGGCUUUUGUUUUAACCUUACAGUUGCCAUUCUGAGUGGGGGAUCAGGAAAAAGCAGUGGACAAAGUGUGCGGAGUGAAAAGAGGAAAAUCUAGCUUGGGGAUUGAACGCAGCGGGGCAUGUGGAUAUUGGCAUUUCUCUUUCUCCAGAGCAUCCUGAAUGUUUUCGGUGAAGAUCUACGUUCCAGCUUAUAUUUUGUCAAUGCAUCUCUGCAAGAGGUAGUGUUCUCCAGCACCACAGGGGCACUGGUGCCGUGUCCUGCCGCGGCCGUGCCCCCCGCCACGCUGCGCUGGUACCUCGCCACUGGGGAGGAGAUCUACGAUGUCCCAGGCAUCCGCCAUGUGCACCCCAAUGGCACGCUGCAGAUCUACGGCUUCCUGCCAUCCAGCUUUAGUAACCUAAUCAAUGACAAUACAUACUACUGCACAGCGGAAAACCCAUCAGGAAAGAUCAGGAGCCAAGAUCUACACAUUAAGGCCGUAUUCCGGGAGCCAUACACAGUGCGGGUGGCUGAUCAGAGAGUCAUGCGAGGGAAUACGGCAGUCUUCAAGUGCAUUAUCCCGGCCUCAGUAGAGGAGUAUGUCAGUGUUGUAUCAUGGGAGAAAGACACAGUCUCACUUGUCUCAGGACCAAGAUAUCUUAUUACAUCCACGGGGGCCUUGUAUAUUUUGGAUGUGCAGUCAGAGGAUGCGGUGAAUAUUUAUCGCUGUACCACACGGCACCGAUACACAGGGGAGACCAGACAGAGCAACAGUGCCCGACUUCUUUUAUCAGAACCUGUGGACUCUGCUCCGGUGAUUCUGGAUGGGUUUGAACGGAGGGAAGUUAUGGUGGGUCAUCGGGUGGAGCUCCCAUGUAAAGCGUCCGGUCACUCCCCGCCCAGAUAUCGCUGGCUGAGGGACAACAGCCCCUUAGAAUCAGACAGCCGGUACCACCAGAGUGUAUCCGGCCUUCUCAUUGAGGCCACACGACCCAGUGAUGCAGGCAGUUAUGUGUGUGAGGUGUGGAACAGCUUCGGGAAUGCCAAAGUGGUCGGACGGCUGGUGGUUAAACAGCCUCUGAAAGCAGUGGUGAGCCCACGGAAGGUGAGAGGCAGCGUAGGUAGCCAAGUGUCACUGUUCUGCAGUGUGACUGGCUCUGACGAGUAUGAAAUCGCCUGGUACAGGAAUGCUGAGAAGAUCUAUCAGGGUAUAAAUGUACGUAUCACGGGCAUCAACAACGAGAACCUGGUGAUGGAGGGAAUGGCCAAGAGUGAUGGAGGAGCAUAUCAGUGCUUUGCUCGAAAUGGCAAGAUGUCCACCCAAGACUUAGUGCAGGUCAUCUUAGAAGAUGGGACGCCAAAGAUUCUCUCUGCCUUCAGUGAGAAGGUGGUAAGCCCGAAUGAGCCCAUCUCAUUGGUCUGUCACGUAAAAGGAACUCCCCUCCCCACUGUCACCUGGACCUUGGACGAUGACCCCGUCAUCAAAGACAGCAACCACCGCAUGGAUCGCAUCAUCACCACAGAAGGUCACGUGCUCAGCUACCUGAAUGUGUCUCACACACAGGUCACCGAUGGGGGUGUCUAUCGCUGCACCUGCAACAACUCGGCUGGAUCGGUCUCCUACCAGGCUCGAAUAAACGUAAGAGGUCCUGCCAGUAUUCGACCAAUGAAAAAUGUCACUGCCAUCGCUGGGAGGGACACGUUCAUUCACUGUCGCAUCAUUGGUUACCCGUACUACUCUAUUAAGUGGUAUAAGGAUUCCAAUCUGCUCCCGUUUAACCAUCGCCAACGUGCCUUUGAGAACAACGGCACACUGAAGCUGUCCAAUGUGCAAAACUCAGACGAGGGAGAGUACACAUGCUACGUGUUGGUGGAUCCAGAGAAACAAAUUCACAGGAGCGUCCAUGUGACAGUGAAAGUGCCCCCUCUGAUCCAACACUCCGACUCUCAGAGCGCUUCCAUUGGUCAGCGUGUCUUCAUACCCUGUGUGGUCAUAUCCGGCGACCUGCCGAUGUCUAUAACCUGGCACAAAGACGGACGACCAAUCAAUGCCAGCCUGGGUGUCACCAUCGACAACAUAGACUUUACCAGCUCAUUACGCAUUUCAAACCUGUCAGAAAUUCAUAACGGCAGUUACACCUGUAUAGCCCGUAACGAGGCUGCUGCUGUUGAGCAUAGUAUACAGCUCAUCGUUAAAGUUCCACCACAUUUUGAGGUACAGCCAAGAGACCAGGAUGGCAUAUAUGGGAAAUCAGUGAUCCUGAAUUGUUCGGCAAAGGGAAACCCAAUCCCCACUAUAGUAUGGAACCACUCAAAAGGUUCUGUUUUACCUCAGUUCCAGCCCAUUGCCUUGAAUUCUGGUUCGCGUAUCCAGCUCCUGGAGAAGGGCUCUCUGCUCAUAAAACACGUCCUGGAGGAAGAUGCUGGAUUUUAUCUGUGCAAGGUCAGCAAUGACGUGGGAGCCGAUAUCAGCAAGAGCAUGUACCUCACCGUUAAAAUUCCUGCCAUGAUCACAUCUUACCCCAACACCACACGAGCAGAACAGGGUCACAUGACUGAGAUGAGCUGCACUGCUCACGGUGAAAAGCCCAUCAAGGUUCGCUGGGAGAAGGAAUCUCAUAUCAUCAACCCAGACAUGAGCCGCUAUGUGGUUACUGUAAAGGAAGUGGGAGAUGAGGUCAUAUCCACCCUGCAGAUCUUACAUACUGUAAGAGAGGACUCUGGCUUUUUCUCUUGCAUUGCUAUCAACUCAUAUGGCGAAGAUAAAGGAAUCAUUCAGUUGAUUGUACAAGAUCGUCCUGAUCCUCCUGAAGUUGAGAUCAGAGAGGUAAAGGACCGAACCAUUGCACUUCGCUGGACAAUGGGCUUUGAUGGCAACAGCCAUAUUACAGGAUAUGACAUCAACUAUAAAAACAAAUCAUCUUCAUGGGCCUCAUCUCAAAUGACCAAAGACGUCUCCCCUCAGCUGAAUCAGGCCACCAUCAUUGAACUCCACCCUGCUUCCACCUACAACAUCCGCAUGUUUGCCAAAAACCAGAUUGGCGAAAGCAGGCCAAGCAAUGAGCUGACCAUCACCACCGAUGAAGCCCCGCCUGAUGGCGCUCCUCAAGAUGUGCAGCUGGAAGCAAUCUCAUCCCAAAGCAUCAAAGUCACAUGGAAGCCCCCCCUCAAACACUUACAGAAUGGUUUAAUCCGAAGCUACCAAGUGUGUUAUCGGGAGUUUGGGACAGGGGGCAGCCCACAAUACAACACCAUCAAUGUGGACACCACAGGGGACAUUGAAACCCUCACUUUGGAUAAUCUGAAGAAGUACACCCAGUAUGAGGUGCGGGUGCAAGCAGCCAAUCGAGCAGGCAUGGGUCCCACCACGGAGGAAAUCACCAUCACCACGCUAGAGGAUGUGCCCAGUCGCCCACCUGAGAAUGUUGUGACAACAGCUACCACCCCCGAGACCAUCUCCCUGUCCUGGUCUGCUCUGCCUAAAGAAGCCCUCAACGGCAUGCUGCUUGGAUAUCGUGUCAUCUAUUGGGCCAACCUACCUGAUGGAGACUUUGGUAUCUUGGCAAAUCUGAGCACACAUAAGUCUCCGCUAGACUUGGAACGGCUGGAGAAAUACACCAACUACAGUAUCCAGGUCCUGGCCUUCACUCGAGCCGGAGACGGAGUCCGUAGUGAGCAAAUCUACACACGCACCAAAGAGGACGUUCCUGGCCCUCCGGCUGGAGUUAAGGCAGCAGCUUCCACAAGCUCGGUGGUGUUUGUUUCCUGGCUUCCUCCACUCAAACUCAACGGAAUCAUCCGGAAAUAUACCGUCUUCUGUUCCAACCCUUACCCCACGGUGAUCAGUGAGUUUGAGGCUGCACCUGAUGUUUAUUUUCGUCGUUUGACCAACUUGAAUCAGAACUGGCAGUACAGCAUCUGGGUUGUGGCGGUCACUGCAGCCGGCCGUGGGAAUGCCAGUGAAAUUAUCACCGUAGAGCCCCAAGCUAAAGCCCCUGCAAGAAUCCUGACGUUCAGUGGUACUGUGACCACCCCCUGGAUGAGGGACAUUGUCCUUCCAUGCAAAGCAGUCGGAGACCCUCCUCCAACCAUCAAGUGGCUCAAGGGAAAUAAUGGUACUCCUGCUCCGGUUUCAAUCGAUGGACGUCGCAGCGCUCACAGCAAUGGCAGCUUUAUUAUUCGCACUGUCAAAGCAGAGGAUUCUGGGUACUACAGAUGUGUCGCCAGCAACAACUGGGGUUCAGAUGAGAUCAUGCUAAACCUUCAGGUCCAAGUACCUCCGGACCAACCACGUCUCACAGUGACCAAAACCACGACCACCUCCAUCACACUGUCCUGGAUCCCUGGAGACAAUGGAGGAAGCUCCAUCAGAGGCUACAUUCUGCAGUACUCUGAGGAUAACAGUGAAGAGUGGGGCAGUUUCUCCAUCAGCCCCAGUGAGCGGUCUUAUCGUCUAGAGAAGCUAAAGUGUGGUACUUGGUACAAAUUUACUCUUACUGCACAAAAUGCAGUUGGUCCUGGACGCAUCAGUGAAAUCAUUGAGGCUAAAACCCAUGGGAAAGAGCCACAAUUCGCCAAAGAUCAUGAGCUUUUCUCAAGUAUCAACUCUACCCGUGUGGAGCUCAACCUCAUUGGUUGGAACAAUGGUGGGUGUCCAAUCAACUCCUUCACACUGGAAUAUCGACCGGUGGACACUACGAAAUGGACCAUGGUGAAGCGAGAUUCUCUCACCAAAAACCACAUUCUCUAUGACCUUCAAGAGGCAACCUGGUACGAGCUCCAGAUGAGAGUGGGCAACAGUGCAGGAACAGCAGAGAAGAGGGUUCUGUUUGCAACUCUAAAUGUGGAUGGCAUCACAAUUGCUCCAUUGCCGAAGACUGUGGACACCAGCCAGGAGAAUAGGCAGGGCAACGAGGGACUUAAGAUGAUGGUCACAAUCAUCUGUAUUCUGGUGGCAAUUUCCAUGGUCUUCAUUGUUCUUCUGGUAUUGAGGAGGAGAAGAAGAGAGCAAAGGCUCAAGAGAUUACGAGAUGCAAAGAGCCUAGCAGAGAUGCUAAUGAGUAAAAAUGCACGUACACCAGACACUGUGAACAAACAGCAGCAGACUCUGAGGAUGCACAUCGAUAUCCCACGUGCUCAGCUACUCAUCGAGGAGAGAGACACUAUGGAGACAAUCGAUGACCGCUCCACGGUGCUGUUGACGGACAAUGACUUUGGAGAAACAUCUAAACAGAAGUCCUCAACCGUCACCCAUACAGUGCAUUACCAGUCUCUAUCUCAGGCAACCGGACCACUAGUAGACGUGUCUGAUGCUAGACCUGGUACAAACCCCACUGCCCGCCGCACAGCUAAAGCAGGUCCCGCCACACGCAGUCGAUAUGCCAGCCAGUGGACCCUGAACCGACCGCACCCUCCCGUCUCCUCACACACUCUAACUACUGACUGGAGGCUGCCCACACCCCGCGCCACAGGCUCAGUGGACAAAGAGAGUGACAGUUACAGUGUCAGUCCCUCUCAGGACACAGACCGUGCUCGCAGCAGUAUGGUGUCUACAGAAAGCGCCUCCUCCACGUAUGAGGAGUUAGCCCGUGCCUACGAACAUGCUAAGAUGGAGGAACAGCUGCGACAUGCUAAGUUCACGAUCACAGAAUGCUUCAUCUCAGACACAUCUUCCGAACAGAUGACAGCUGGCACCAAUGACUACACAGACAGCCUGACGUCCAGCACACCGUCAGAAUCAGGCAUCUGCAGAUUCACCGCCUCCCCACCCAAACCACAAGAUGCCAGCCGGGUCAUGAACAUGGCCGUGCCAAAAGCACACAGACCCGGAGGUGAACUGGUCCAUCUUCCCCCUUACCUACGCAUGGACUUCCUUUUGAACCGGGGAGCAGCCCCUUCAGGGCGAGAGGCCACAGGACAGACAUGUAUGGACCCGCAGAAGAGCCGAAUGGCAAAGCGGCCAGCAUUGCUGGCGCCCACACCCUCCGAGACCCCCUCGUCAGCCCUCUCUUCCUCCGGCCCCCCCAGCAGAGAGGCAGUACAACAGUGGCAGCCAGGAACUGCCUCCACACUGCCACAGCGCGAGCCGGGCGACCUGACCCAGGCCGCCAAACUCAGCAGCUCCCAAGAAUCGCUGCUAGACUCCAGAGGACACCUGAAACAAAGCAACAACCCCUACGCAAAGUCCUACACACUUGUAUAACACAGGACUACAGCUAUGGACCACGUUGCACUGUCACGCACACACAAACACAUGAGGACCUGCUGCAAAGAUGAGCGCUUUUCUGAUUCAGAGAUGAGUCCUGUACAUACAUUCUGAAUUCCUAAAGGGAUAGUUUUCUUUGCAUCUGUCUUUCUUUCUUUCUAUUUGUCUCACUCUCUCUGCUGUUUUUUUUCACUCACCUUCUUCUCUUGCCAUCUAUUCUAAGUUGGAUUUUUUACGUAAUCAUUCAUUUAUUUUAAAUACCACCGUUAUGAAGAUUGCCAAAAUUAUUUAUUUAAAUUGACAGAGGAACUAAUUUUGAAUUUAUAUCAAGGACAAUUCUAUAGUCAUUAUUAUUAUUAUAUAAAAAUAGAGAAAAAUUAUCAAAAAAAAAAAAAAAAAACGGUUUAAAAAAGGUGGGGUGUGGUCAGCUCUGCAGGAAGAUGUUUCUUUCUCUGUCCAUGACUAUUGUUUUGAUGAAACUAUGAGGUGCGAUCGGCAUUUUUGAAGCUGUUUAUCACGGCGUGUAUCUGACGACCGCACAAGACAUGGAGGAAGGAUAACAACUCCAACGUGGAAGACACGCGUCCACAUAUUACAGUCUUCUCAGAAUGUUGUGCUUUCUAAGGACUGCAUGGGGACCUGAAAAUAAAAAAAUAAAAAAAGAGAUUUUAGUCACACUAAGGGAUUAUAUAAUGUUAUAAUACAUGUUAUGACAUUAUAUGUUUUAAUAUACAUAUACAUACAUACACAUAAAGAGAUCACUUUUAUUUGUGGAUAAUACAGGGAAAAAAGAUUUGGUAAAUAAAGUCCUUAGUCAUGUUUGCACACAUCUGGUUUGAUUAGAAAAUGAAAACUUUUGGGUUCUCUUGUCUUUUUUUCCACUUAUGAAGCUUUUUGUGUCUCAUCUGGUGAAAUGGAGAGCAUGUGUGACACAACGAGAGAACCAUGGCUAUCUGCAGUGUUCUCCAGCAGCUCCUUGAAUGAAUGGUAUCUGAUUCACCUGUUUGUAGAUGGUGUGGCCUGUUUUGUGUAAGACACACAACAAAGAGAAGAUAUUUUAAUUGAGCAAUAUGACACUGGAUUUACUAAUAAUUUCGUAAUUCUUGGACAUCUUGAAGUACUAACAGAUAUGAAUGUAUUCAGUAAUGCAUAAUGAAAAUUAAACCCGAAGAUGAUUGACAAUAAAGAGACAAACUACAGACGCAGUCUCUAAACUAUAAUUGAUAAAUGUCUAAAACUGUCUAAUGAUGACAGCAGACAGACAGAAUGAUGAAAACCCAUUUACAGUGCACAAUGGUGUUCUGAGAUCUAAUGCAACAUGUUUGAUUUGUUUUUUGCCAUUCAUGUCUUCAGUCAUCAAGCCUGCCUUUCGAAUGUCAGUCUAGAUGUCAGUUAGAUACUUGCCUUAAAAAUAGAAAGACCAAAAUGGUAAAUCAUGACUCUUGUAAAAUUACUGUAAUAAGAAUCAUAUAUCCUGGUGCAUCACAGUAUCAGAAUUAGUGCAAGUCGGGAAAAUAAUGUCAUAGUGCACAAAAACCUAAAAGUACCAGGGCACAGGAAGUCACGGGGAUGUGCUGUGACCAGGUUACAGGCUCAGACGCCCAUCCAUGAUCAUAACCAACAGAUGGCACUGCAAUGUCUAUUGAAAUGUUUAUGAUAAGAGCUCUGCCUACUGCCUGUAGGAUGAGCUCUUCUAUUUUUGUGCAUUUCCAAGUAGGGCUCGCUGCAGACCAAAAGAUCCAGGGGGCGUGGUUGGAUCCACAUCUAGGGGGUGGAAAAUGAUAGAUUUAGGGGUGGAGAUGGGUAGGUUUGGGAUCAGGGGUAGGUUUAGGUAAAUGUAAGGUGGGAUCUACAUCCAACCACCCCCCCUGGAUCUUGUGGUCUGCAGCGAGAUGCUUCUCGGCAUUUCUCCUCAAUCAGCUGAAAACCAGCACAUGAAGAUUAGAUUAGAUCAGAUCAGAUUAGUUUUAUUAUUAUCAAUUGUUUUUUUUUUUUGUUUUUUUUGUUUUUUUAUCACUUACCAGCAAAUAAACUGUCAAAGGCCUCCUGAAAAGAAAGCAGUAUGUUAGAGUUGCUCAACCAAACCAACAUGAAUGAGUCAAACUUACAGCUACAGUAAAAUUGACUUUUCUCUCCAGAUGUUUAAUCAUUUGCGGUCUAACUCGUGGCCUCAUGUUUAUCUGGACACCUCCAGCUCAACUCCAGUAACUACAUUAAAUUCUCUAAUGAAGUGGUUUUAGUUUUUCUUAGCUCUUUCAUUCGGUUAAAGGUGUCUGACAGUAGUUUUUUAACCCAGUUGAAUGAAAAUAAAGAUUUUAUGCAUGGCGGACAGAAAACGACACCUAAGCAAACUAAUAUAUAAUAAAAACUCUAAAAUAUAAGAAAUACAUUUCUAUAGAUCAGUGAAUUUGCAUUGUUUAUCUGUUAAACAUAUUCAUUUAUAUUUUUGUACAACCUCCUUCCAUUUUGUCUGAAAAUGUGCUGUAGCAGCUGUGUCAACACUUUCAGAUACAAAAACAAUGUGUACUAAAUUUGUUUUUGUUUUUUUUUAAUAGUGACUUGAUAAAUCUAUCAUUCAAACACUGAUAAGAAUACACUGAGAUCACAGGCUUGCAGUGUUGACAAUAUAAGUUUAUUUUGAAUAUUACACAGGUAGGCCUAUUAAAAAUGCAAUUAUUUAGAAUUUCCUGAGUUAGAGAAAUUGAUUUUUAAAAUCCCAGUCCACCUGUGAUGUGGCAACUCCACCACAAAAAUUGUCCUGAUCAGAGAUUGUGUGGCCUCACUGACCUGAUAACAAAUUAAAUAUGGAAAGAGGACAUUCAGGAUGCAGGCUGACAUUGUUAUUACCUGAUUUUUAAAAGUUUUUUGUGGGUCUGACAUUGAUGACAAUAGGGACACAGUUAUGAAACCUUAUAAAAGAGAUUUUAACGAUUUAAAUAGUAGAAAUCAUUCUUUUCAAUAUACAUACAAUAUACUAUCGUUCAAAAUUUUGGGAUUACUAUGAAAUGUUUUGUUUUGAAAGAUAUUGUUACUUUUAUUCACCAAUGAUGCAAUGACUUGAUGAAAAAAUACAGUAUAAUGAGACAAUAAUAUAAGAUGUAUAAUGUUACAAAUUAUUUCUAUUUCUAAUAAAUGUUGUUCUUCAAAUGUUCUGCUCAUCAAAGAAUCCUCCAUGUGCAGUAAUGACACUAGCAGACCUAAUGCAUUCUAGAGUCUUUCCUUCACACAACGCAGAUGUAUCUGUUUCUCAAACAAACGAUUCUGAUGUAUUUGUUCUCUUGAGGUUGUGCACCUGGGCCGUCCACUUCUUUUUAUGUGCUGGUUAGAUCCAGUUUGCUUUCUUCUUUCAAGACAAUAGUGCUCUGAGACAA